UAAGCCGGUUUGGCAAAUAGACUUGGAAGAUUUGGACACAUUCUUCCGGUUGGCCUCCAGAACACACCGUCCCUGGUGAGCCAAAAACAAAAUCGACGACCAACCCCGCCAACCCGCCCCUUGCCUUGGGCAGAAAAAUACGUUCGCAGGUGCAUUCUCAUGGAGCUCUACACGGGUGAGUUGCUCUUCGGCACCCACGAGAAUUUGGAGCAUCUAGCUCUCAUGGAGAAGAGCCUUGGGCGGAUGCCCAGCAAGAUGCUUCAGCAGGCGACCGGCCCUGCCAGAGACAAGUACCUGGCGAGGGAUAGAUACGGGGAGUGGCGGCUCAAUUGGCCCGCGGGGGCGCAAAGCCCCUCCUCGGAGCGGCACGUGCGGAACCAGACUACUCUGGAGAAGAUGGUGCCGCCGCAGCACGCGGUGUUCGCCGAGUUUGUAGGUCGCUUGCUGACCCCCGACAAGCACGCGCGGCCCUCUGCCAAGCAGGCGCUGAAUCACCGGUUUCUGAGAGAGCGGAAUCUUCCGGAAUGACCGGCGUUCGCGAUGUCUCGCGUUCGCGACUCGGCGUUCGCGAUGUUGCGGUUCUGGUUUCUUAGGAUUCUUAGGCUUGGCAACAAACAUGCGCAGUCGAAGAA